AUGAGUAGCCUAGAUCCGUGUACAGUGGAGAGAAAUUCCGUUAGAAUCUGUUCGUCAGUGAAGAUUACAAGCCUGAAAGUGCCAUCCACCUACCUGUUAGAUAAGAAUUCUAAGAAUCCGGACCCGCUGAUACUGGAUUGUGAGUACGAAGUCGACGAGAACGAGAAAGGAUUUGUGCUCAAAUGGUUCCUAGACGGACAGCCGGUGUACCAGUGGAUACCAACCAAGAAUCCUUUUCCAUUUCAAGCCUUCAAAAACCGCGUCGACACCAGCUACGUCGUGUCACAAGAACGGUUGCACAGGCAUCGAGCGAUGGCCAUCAUCAAACCUUUGGCCAACUUCACCGGAGAGUACGCUUGCAUGGUUCAAACGUUCGCUUCGAUUGACCGGAAGUCAGCCAAGCUGAAAAUCAUCGUUCAAGAGUCCAAGUUCGAUCUCAACUACUAUCUAAACGGGGACGGCUACAUCACGGUCGAUUGCCAUGCACGGGACAUUUCACCGCUCCCGGAACUGCAGAUUCGGAUCAACGAUAAAUUAUUCGAAACGCAAAAGCUCAAGUCGGUCCAGGGUGAGAAUAAUUUGUAUAACGUGUCCAUCAGUGGCAGCAUACCGAAGGAGGAGCUCGAAAGUCCUACCACGAUCGAGUGCUUCCUAAUGGUGCCGGAGACCAACUACACCAAAAAGCGUUCGACGAUUUAUUACGCGCGCAAAACUAAAACUAACACUAAACCGCUUCCAGAAUCUCAUCUGAGAACCACAACCAGCACAGUAGCAACCACCACGAUCGUUGGAAUGCUGCAAGCGGCACCGGAAAAUUUGCUGAAAAAGGAACUGAAUGCCACCGAUGGGAGCAGUGCAACGGCGUUGCCGGUGCAGAUGCGCUCUACUUCAGGCCUGAUAGCGACGCUGUUGACGAUUGUCCUCAUUUUCACGUCGACGUUGUUGUAG